CUCUAAUUUUACUUCCAGAUUAUAACUGUAUAUCCAUACCAAACCCUCAAUGCCUCUACUUUUUACCGUAUAUUAAACCACCGUCACCGCCUCUCCCGUUACCAUCAGUCGAGUCAACCACCGGCGAUCGCUCAUGGGCGGCGAGCAAACACAGACUCAGACCCACGCUCAUACUCAUUUGCAAACUCUGCUCCAAACUCAAUCGCAUCCCCGGGUGCAGCCACCGACGCAGCCUCAUCAGGACUCAGCCGCCGCUCCCCAAACCCAAACCUCCGCCGAAUUGGCUAAUGUUCCUCUCCAGACCGCCCCUCCUCCUUCCAAAAUCCCCCUACGUCCUCGAAAAAUUCGGAAACUCUCUCCGGAAACCGCCGUGGAGCCCAAUUCCUCGGAUAAUUCCAACGCUGGUACAAUCCCUAGUAAGCCGACAUCGAGGGCCACCAAAGCCAAAACGAAUACGCCACGAGCUAUAGUUGUCCCAAGAUUUGCUGCGAGGUCGUUGUCUUGCGAGGGCGAAUUUGAAAUAGCGAUCCGUCAUCUAAGAGACGCCGAUCCGUUGCUUGCUUCUCUCAUUGAUAUCCAUCCGCCUCCGACUUUCGACUCCUUCCACACUCCUUUUCUUGCCCUAACUCGAAGUAUUCUCUAUCAGCAACUCGCGUUCAAGGCUGGGACUUCUAUCUACACUCGCUUCAUUGCUCUAUGUGGUGGCGAGGCCGGGGUCCUACCCGAUACUGUUCUCGCUUUGACACCACAGCAGCUCCGUCAAAUUGGAGUCUCAGGGCGGAAAGCCAGUUAUCUUCACGAUCUUGCUAAGAAGUACAAGAAUGGGAUAUUGUCGGACUCGGCAAUUUUAAAUAUGGAUGACAAGUCGCUCUUUACAAUGCUUACAAUGGUGAAUGGAAUUGGUUCUUGGUCUGUUCAUAUGUUUAUGAUUUUCUCCCUGCAUAGGCCGGACGUGCUUCCAAUCAAUGACCUCGGAGUGCGUAAGGGAGUGCAGUUGCUGUACAAUUUGGAGGAGUUGCCGCGGCCAUCGCAGAUGGACCAGUUGUGCGAGAAAUGGAGGCCAUACCGGUCAGUAGCAUCGUGGUACCUUUGGAGGUUCGUAGAAGCAAAGGGUGCUCCUUCCAGCGCUGCUGCUGUGGCAGCAGCUGCUGGUAUGCAACUGCAACAGCAGGAUGAGCACCAGCACCAGCAGCAACCGCAGCUUAUUGAUCCAAUUAAUAGCAUUCUCAACCUUGGGAUUAAUUUGACAUGUGAUCUUAGGGAAAAGCAAGAUUGGAUAAUCGGUACUACUAUGGAAGACAAUUAUUUGUUGACACGUAACGUACUAGAAGAUGCAUGAUUGAUCUAACCAUUUGCAGUAUGGGGAAAAAGUAGACACCUGGAAGCCUAGUCAACUUCCUAUUUAUCAUUUAAAGAUAAGAGAUUGAAGAAGAGAAAGAGCUAGGUUAUUGAAUUUGGGAUUCUAGCUUGGACUUUUUCAUCGGCAAGGCAUUAUCUUAGAGCAGAUUGAGGUUCAUUGGUGUGGUUAAAUAAUCAUCACCAUCUUUAGGGUCGUUUACAUGAGUUGAUAAGAGAGAUGAGUUCAAGUCCACUACAUGGAUUAUCCUUUGCCGCAUGUCCCAUGGUUGGACAAGUAUAAAAAAUGUAGUCAGUUAUAUGAUUCAAGAUGAAUAAUGGCCUGCUUGUAUGAUGGGUUGUGAGAUGGCUCUGGUAAUCACAUCCAUUCUGCAUUCCGUGCAAUAAGUGGGAGUGGUCACAAAGCAAAGCUGUGGGGGUACUCAUGCAAAAUUUUAGUAGCUGAAAGCUUGGGCAUUUGGCACCUUAGGAGAUGAGUGUUUUCCCUCUUAUCUAGUCAAAAUAUUGGACAAGACUGCUGAAAUUCAUUUAAAAAAAUUGUAAUCUUAAAUUGUCGAUAGCUCCUUUUAUAGGACAUUAUAGAAUGCAAAGCUGCAAUGCUUUCCCCUUU